AUUCAUCCGAGAUCUCUAGACGCAACGUCUUAAAUUUUUUACAACCAGGUCCCUUAUUCCCUUCAAAUGGACUCAGACAAUUCUGGCAACGCGUACUGCACUGCAAACGAGAGCAUCAUCAAACACCGCCACCGGUGGCGCCGAGUGCGCUUCAAUGUAGAAUCCCUAAACAAAUUAACCGGGGGUGGGUUGCCCGCUCGUGGUAUAAUUGAACUGGCUGGCGAUGCAGGGUCGGGUAAAACACAACUAGCCCUACAUUUGGCGUUGGUAUCACAGAUCGCACAUGUGCAGCAGAAUGAUCCGAUUGCGAUGCAAAGUUGCGGAGUUGUAUACAUCUGCACGGAACAUCCAUUUCCCUCCAAGCGAUUAAUUCAGAUGGAAACAAGCUUGGGAAGAGAGUUUCCCUCAAUCGUCCGAGGAGCGCUAUCGGAUGCAAUUUUCGUCGAGCACCUGUAUGAUCCGUCCACCCUAGAACAAUGUAUCAGUGAGCGGCUUCCGGUGCUGUUGGAGAACAACCCUAUCGGCCUGCUGGUGAUCGAUUCCAUCACAGCCGUAUACGGCGACGCCGAACAAAACUACGUAGACCGAGCACAUUCUUUUCGGCGUAUAGUACAAACUAUUCACCGGCUGCAGGAUCGAUACGAUUUUGCCACUGUUUGCACAAAUCAGGUCCGCUCCGUAGUAGACGAAUCUACCCUGGACGACGGGUUGAUUGUCCCGGCGCUAGGGUUGGCUUGGAGCAGCUUGGUUCACAUGAGGUUGCAGUUGACCCGGACAAUCGGGGACCAUCGGAGCUGUAGAUUACUGUUCAGUCCUACGGCUGCAACCGGGGAAGCAUCAUUUCAAAUAACCUCUGCAGGAAUUUCGGAUUUGAACCAUUGAACUGUAGGUAGAUUUGAUAGGACUUUAUUGUUACAUUUAAAAUAUAUAGUUUUACACGUAUUCCACCGUUUUUUUUCUGUUUCUGGCUUCAACUAGUCUAUUAUGAUUGAUUGUUGUCCUAGUAAAUAUGUUACUUUCUUGCAAUUAAUUUAGUUAUUAUCCUAUUCUAGUAUUCCUGUUCAACAGCAUUAUUACUUAUGUAUUUCUAUUUCAUCUUUAUACUGAAAAGUUUUAUAUUUCAUUUCAAACCUUUGUCUUAAAGCGUGAUCAUAAUAGAAAAAUAACUUGUUAUAGAAGAAAAAGAAUGAUGAAAGGUUUUUAGGACUUAAUAUUUUUGGACGUAUGCAGCAAACUUUAUGACUUUUAGAUACAUACAUACAUGUUGCUUGUUUUGAAUAGUUGCGGAUUCUUAAAUUAGUGUCUAUUUUUUUUUUUCAAGAUGACAAGAUGAGAACUGAACCCGGAAUAAGACUUUUGAACGAAUGAAAUCAAACCUCUCAGGUAAUCUUCAAUAAAGAGUAAAAAAAAUGUGGGCCACAGUAGACUGUGAACAACAGAGACAUGAAACGUUGAAAAAUACCUUAUCGAGGAUACAAAAUCUUGGCUGAAGCUUACGGGUAACAGGUUAAAUAUGCGAAUUACAUAGUUCCAAAAACGUUCCCAUACUUUUUCAAAAUACUUGAACAACUCUCAACUUUCUUGUAUAAUAUCGAAUCAACCAAACAACUUUAACAUUCUUUGUAAUCUUGGCCAUCAGGUUGAACUGAAAAAAAAUGAGUGAAACUUCAAGACCAAUGCUUCUAACCACUCAGCACUGGAUCCUCCCGGACAUGCUGAAGCCGUGCACUUUGGUCCAGAUGGAUUCACAGCUUCAGCAGGCUUGCAGUGGGGUACGAGUUCCACAAAAUCAAUCAUAUAUUGUCAUUUGUUAAAAGCUGUUUUUUUCGAUUUCAUGGCUUUGGGGUCAAGAAUACUCGCCUUCCAAACUCACAAGCAUACACCUAAAGGAUCACCCGGUGUAGGUGAAACUCUCAACUUCAAGAUGGGGUACCGGAGAUGACCCAAAAAUGGCACUGAUAGGAUCUGGGGAUGUUGUUCCAUAGAAUAUCAAUUGAAAUACAC